AUGACGUACAUACUUGGUAUGAGGGGUUCACAAAAAGCACUUUUCAAUCUGAUAUCGCAACUUUUAACCCUUCCAAACAUUGCGUAAAUCUCGUUUCAUUCCAGCUCACGAGAUGGGACACGACAAAUUGAGUCCGCUGCCUCCGAACUUUGUUUUUUCGCCAAAUGACAAGUUCUACUAUGCGCCUGCCACGUGUAAUACCAUGCAUUACACGACCGCCGCCUACCUCUCCGCGUUCAUCGAGUUCAUCCUCAUGGGCACCGGAUUCUUGUGCUUUUACAGUCGGUUUUUGUGAUGCAACGUGUGUGCGCGAGGCGAAAAUUUGCAGGAAUGAGUCACACGACGGGCACCAUCGACGGAUGGCUCUCCUAUCUUCAGGCCAUCAUCACCAUUCUCUCCGUCUUCUCGUCGCUCCUCAUGGCCAUCGGAAUUUACAAGGAAAAGCCCGGCUUCUUCACUCCUAAACUCACUUUUAUCACGGUAACUUUUAUGCCCGGCACACGGUCUCCAGAGCUGACAAUGAGCGCAAGUUCAAAUGUUAACACACUGUCUCCGCAAUAGCUAAUGCUAAAUUGAGCGCCGCGUUAAAACGGAGUGUCGUUGAAAUUUCUGGAUUUUUUGCCGAAAAUGAGAAAAAUGAAGUAAAACAGAGAAUUUCCGAAUUGUUAAUGACAGCUGUGACCUUAAAUUAGCGUUUUGCUCACAAGAAAGCGCGCAUUAUUACACUUUUCUGUGAAUUUCAGUCCGGCGCCUCAAAAACUGAAAUUUCUCAGUCAUUUUUGCAUUUCAUGGAACGUCUCUGUGCUCAAAAUGACCGCCUUUGUCUGCUGAACAAUCGUGAGGCAACUGUUUUUUUAUUCUGUCAACUGUUUUCUCAAAACUUCCAAAAAUUCGCGUUUUUUCAAGCCAAAUUUAAAAAACGAAAUUACUCUUCGAAUUUUCACUUUUACACGAGCACUCUGUGUGAUCAUUUUGUAGCUAUCGGUCAUAUGAACAGACGUGAGGCAAACGUUUUGAAUCGAAAACUCUGCAUAAUCCCAAAAACUCGGGAAAACAGUGUUUUCAGUUGAAAAAUUGUCUCCCGUAAAUCGACACUGAGAGCCGCACGCAAAAAAGCGCGCGAAAAUUUUUUUCGCCGAGGGGGAGACAGUGUAACAGCAAAAUUUGUGUUUUUUGCCAGAUUAGCCACAAAAAAUCGAUAAUUUCUGAUUUUUCUCUCGAUACACCGAUUGUAUAGGCUAUUACGAAUUUUUUAAGCGCAAGAGGGUUAAAUUUGGUCAAAUCGCAAAUCACAUUUAUCCGUUUGAAGGUUUUUGGCUAAAACUGCGUGAAUUUCAGUUGCUUUUCAGUAAUUUUCGCGGUUUGAGCGCUCAAAAUGCUUGUAUUUAUGUUUAUUGUUAUUAUUAAAACCAAUUCUGUCUGAAAACGGUCAAGAAAGCGCAAAAUGAGAAGUUUUUUGGCGGCGAAGGCGAAAAAGCAAAGUCCGCGAAAAAUGCGCCAAAACGUCAUUAAUUCUGUGAGAAUUAGUGUGUUUUCAUGUCGAACAAUCAUUUUUGAUUGCCGUUGACCACAAAAAUCAGAGAAAACCUGCUCAAUUCAUAAAAACGCCAUUUGGCCGCCGAGGGGCCACGCCCAUAUUGUCAGCAAAAAAGCGCCGAAUGCCUCGUUUGCAGCUCGAAAUCGGAUUCCUCCUCUUCUGGGCGGGCAUUUCGAUUCUGUCCAUGUCGAUCGGCAUCGAGUUCACUCGCACCGCGUUCGGCCAUUUCGGCCAAGUCUGGAUGAUCGAGCGCGAUUACGGUCCGAUUUGGCCGUUCAACGUCUCCGUCGUCUCGUUCUUCACCGCCGCCGUCGCGAUUUGGUGCGUUUGCGGUGUUUGCACGCUUUCCGACCUACCGUAACCCCGACGCGUUCGUUUCAGGACCCGAAUUAUUGUGCAAGGCGCCUGCGACUACCUCCUCGACAAGUCCUACUUUGCCAACAAACAGAAUGUGGAGCUGAGAGAGUCCGGCAAGCAACGAUAA